AGUGAUUGGCUGGACAGACCUCCUACGUCAGACGAAAACAGUGCGUCAGCUCGUACUUCCGGAUCGACGACUCUCCGUCGGCCAUGUGCAUGGAAAAAAAAUGGACCUUGAAGCUGCGUAUAUAAAACCUGAAUGAGAAAACUAAACCCGCUGCUUGUUCCCUGCUCAGCGCCAAAGAGAGAAGAGGAGGCUUUGGGCAGGGCGAGUAAAACGGCAGUAACAGUUGCUGUAAAAGUAAUGUGAUCAUCUGGUUUUUUAGCUAACAAACGUUUGUUUUCGCCAUGGCUCUGUACGUGAAAGCAGCAGAGAUCCUGGAGAAAGCUGAGCGGAAGCAGGGCGCUUUGAAAACUCUGGUUUACGACAGUAAGUUUGCGAACAUCAAGCAGCUGUUCGCUCUGGUUUGUGAGACCCAGAAGUUUUCCUCCAUCCUGCAGGAGCUCAUCGAGUCCACCAAGCUGCUCAAACAGACCAAGCUGAAGGUGCACCUGGCCAAGGUGCUGGUGUACGACCUGCUGAUGGGCCAGGGGCUGAAGUGCGGCGGCUCCUGGAAGGCUGUGCUGAUGAAGCAUCGCUCCAGGCUGCAGUCGGAGCUCGCCCGCAUGAAGAUAAAGCAGAGAGUCAGCAGGAAUGAAGACCUGCUCCCGGCCAGCGUCCAGCGGCCCGCCGGGGACCACCUGCCCAGGUAUGUGCGUGUGAACACCCUGAAGACCACCGUGGAGGAUGCUGUGGACUACCUGAAGAGGGAUGGCUUCUCCUACCAGGGACAGGCUUCCAGGCUGGACGACUUAACUCUGAAAGGAAAAAACUUCCUGAGGGACCUGCACCUACCGGAGCUGCUGGUCUUCUCUCCUAAAACUGACUUCCAUGACCACUUCCUGUACAAGGCCGGCCACAUCAUUCUGCAGGACAAAGCCAGCUGCCUCCCCGCCUAUCUCCUCAACCCCCCACCUGGCAGCCAUGUCAUCGAUGCCUGCGCCGCCCCCGGAAACAAAACCAGCCACCUGGCAGCCAUCAUGAAGAACAAGGGCAAGUUGUUUGCCUUUGAUUUGGAUGCCAAGCGUCUGGCCACGAUGUCCACUCUCCUGAAUCGAGCCGGGGUCAGCUGUCAGCAGCUGGCCAACCAGGACUUCCUGAAGGUGGACCCCGGCAGCCCGCAGUAUAAAGACGUUGAGUAUAUCCUGCUGGAUCCCUCCUGCAGUGGAUCAGGUAUGGUGUGCCUCCGGGACAACACCUCUGCUGACCAGGGGACGGAUCAGGCUCGUCUGGCCUCCUUGGCCUCCUUCCAGCUGCGGUGCCUGAACCACAGCCUCACGUUCCCACGCCUGAAGCGCCUGGCCUACUCCACCUGCUCCAUCCACAGCCAGGAGAAUGAGGAAGUCAUAACGGCCUGUCUGCAGCAGAACCCCGGCUUCAGGUUGGUUCCUCUGCUGGCUCAGUGGCCUGAACGAGGCCUGGAACCGGUCACUCAGUGUCUGCGCGCCAGCACCACCAAGACCCGCACACACGGCUUCUUCGUGGCUCUGCUGGAGAAACACAGUGAGGCUGGGAAUAGGAAGCAGGGACAAGCUGUCCAGAUAAGCGAGCCUGAGGCGGCAGCACACGGUCCACCUGUGGCCUGUGAGAAGAGACCUGGAGCUCCGGAGACAGAAGACAAACCGACACCUGCUGCAGACCUGGUGUACAGUGGACAGACCGACAGUACACCAGGCAAGAACAGGAGGAAGAAGAGGAAGAAGAAGAAGAAGGCGGCAGCAACAAUGGAGUGAUGAUAAGAAACUAAAAUAUAGGACUUCUACAUCAUGUUGUCUGGAGGGAUUGUCUGUAAAAGGUUUCUAUUAAUUUCCAAUAGACAGAUGAGGGGAAUGUAACUGAAAAGUAAAGAUUAUUUUUUACUGUA